UUUAUUUCAUCUAAUGGCACUAUCGGAGAAUCAACACUUAUUGAAGCACCUGAUGAAAAUACAAAUUUAUUUACAACGCUUAGUACUUCUAUUUUAGCAGUAUACUUUAUGUUAACAGGCGAUACAAGUGCAGUUACUUCAUGGGGCUUAGUCAAUAAUUUGACUUUAACAUUUUUAUUAGUUAUAUUUUCAUUUUUUACAACAAUCUAUUUAUUGAAUCUAUUUAUUACAUUACUUGUAAAUGCUAUUGACCAAACAAAUAAUGAAGAAUCUUUUUUACAGUUAAGAGGAGAGAUAUUAGCCGAAAUUGAACUCUUUUGGAUGCUUCCCCACCAAAGAAGAAAAAAAAACUGGUUUCCAGAAAUUUUAUAUUAUGAUGCUUCAAUUAAUGAACUUAAAAAAUAUGUAAAAAAUCUUGAAGAUGAACAUAAAGAUGAAAUUUUACGAGAUUUGCGUCCUGAAAUCAAAAAAAUCAUUGAAACCGAAGACUCAGCAGAGGACUCAGCAGAAGACUCAACCGAAGAAUCAGCUAAAGUCUGGCCCUAUGAUCUCAUCGCGCAAGAAUAA